AUGAUCGAGUUGUCAAGGAACGAGAUAAACCAGCUGAUAGUGAAGUAUCUUGAAGACGAAGGAUACAUCUACACGCUGUUUACAUUCAGGAACGAAGCUGAUCCCGGUGUGGGCGCAUUUGAGCACACGCUUCCUUCAGUUAUCAGCAAAGGAAUACAGUAUAUGUACGGUGUGAAGCAUCUGCAUGGAGGCGAGGUUGUUCCGUGCAGUGCAAGGUUUUGUUUGUCUGAAGCGCAUGUGUGUAAGUUUGGAAGCCCAAAUAAAUCUGAAGCAAAAGAGGAAGGCAAAUUGAACGACGAAAACGCAAGCAUAUCAAUCGACAAGGAGGUGUCCAUGAGCACGGACAUGCUGAAUAGCGAGGACAUGCCAGAUGGGUAUGCUGACAAGGUGAGCAUUGAUGUUGUGGAUAUGGACAUGCAUUUAAAUGAGCAUGUGACUCUUUCGUGCUGGAACAGAGACUUUCUAUGCGUGUAUACAAAGGCGCAUGAGCUUGUUGGUGUUGGGCCAAGCGGUAUCAUGUGGAGGAGAGAAAUCAAAGGAGUAUCGGCACUCUCAUGGAGUGGAGACGAUGUUGUUGUAGGGAAUGCAAAUGGAGAAGUGAUAACAAUCAAUCUACUAAGUGGCCGAGCAAGAAGCUAUGCAUGCCACGAGAAGAAGGUUACUGGAGUAAGGCAGCGUGGAAAGGGCGUUCUUUCGUCCGGAGAAGACGGAAGAGUGGUAAUGAUGAACAACGGAGUAACAGAGAUUUGUGUUUCGAAGUCCAAGGUGACUGAGGUUAUCUGGAUGAGUGAACACGGCGUUGGAUGUGCAUUAGAAGAUUUCUCGUUAGUGUAUGUGGAUAUGAGUAGUCAGAAUGCAUCCACGAUUGGCUCGCACAGCAGCAGGAUUAGUCGCAUAGGGCACAAGGAAGGCGUACUGUCUAGCUCAUCACAUGAUGGAUCGAUUGGCAUUUGGAGCAGCUCGUUGAUGAAUGGCCAUAGAAUUCAGGCACAUGAAGGCGCAGUGAAUAGCCAUGCAUGGAUCAAUGGAGCAGUUGCCAGCUGUGGAGCAGACGGAUUUCUCAAGACAUGGAAUGUUCACAAAGGUGUACUCGUGCAUGCAUCAGAUUACUCCAAUAGCAUCAUGUGUGUUGAUUGCACAUCUCAGUUAAUUGCAUGUGGAACAUCAACAGGUGUUGUCGCUAUCACUGACUGUAGAUGUGGAGAGAUUUACAGAUGCAGUAUGGAUGGAGAGGCCUCAAAGGUUUUAUUUUCUGCAGAUGGAUCAUAUCUAUACACCUGUGUGCUUGACGGGUAUCCGAAGCUAUUAAAUCUCAGGUAUAUUUGA